AUGGCUACAAUGAAUUUUGACUUCUCACGCCCCGUUGCUCUACCUUCACCCGAGCAGUCGUUUACAAGAACGCUUGCUGAGGGGCCAGCUCCACCAUCAAGAGAUGGCUCCCCCCAGGUGUCGCCUAUUCCCCCGGCUGGUCAGCCCGUUUUCGAACAACUUCCAUCAUCAAAGAUCACAAGGUCCCGCAGAAUUGCAAUUACUACGUUGCUAGUUUCAGCAAAUCUUGUCCAGAUGACUGUUAACUUUGCCGGGAUUGCUGGUGGUAGUCGGCUGAGUCAGUCCAUGGGAGUCAAGAAGACAUACGCCUCUUGGAUUGCAGCAAGUUAUCCACUAACUCAAGGUACAUUGGUUCUCAUCAGUGGUCGACUGGGAGAUGUCUAUGGACACCGAGAGCUUCUGCUUGCUGGCGGGGCAUGGCUCAGCAUGACCACGCUAGCCAGUGCGUUUUGCAACCACGCCUUCUUUGCUUUCGUCAUAACGCGAGCUCUUUCAGGCUUAGGGGGCGCCUUCAUCAUGCCAAACGCAGUAGCCAUGAUCUCAAGCACUAACCCUCCCGGUCGUGUACGGAACCUCAGUUUGGGUUUCUUUGCUGCAUCUGCGCCCAUAGGUGGUUAUUUUGGGGCAUUAUUUCUCGGUGCAUUCAUGGAGACGACAGAAUGGAAAUGGUUUUUUGUGUUUAUUGCCAGUCUCGGUGUCAUCACAUUCCUCGCUAUCUGGGCACUGAGCUCCCGCGAGACUCCAGUUGACCUGCAUGGCAAAAUUGAUGUUGUGGGUUCUGCUCUAGGUGUUAGCUCACUGGUUCUCUUUAACUUUGUCUGGAAUCAAGCCCCCAGUGUCGGAUGGCAAACGCCUUAUGAGAUUGCUCUCCUACUUCUAUCCAUCAUUCUCUUCGGUGCAUUCCUCGUUUGGGAGAAGCGAUAUACUGCCUACCCAAUUAUGCCGCUCGAGAUUUUCAAAGCACCAUGCUUCCUCGUCGUUAUCCUGGUUGUUCUUCUCAACUACAUGGCUGUAGGUACUCUGAUCUGGUACCAAGUCCUGUGGUUGCAAGAGGUUUGGAAAUGGACCCCCCUUGAAUUUGCCGUCGGCUGGACACCAUUCGUCAUUUGUGCCACGGCGGCCGCCUGCCUUGCUGCUUGGCUGGUUCCUCGCGUAUCAGCGCAAUGGAUUCUAGCCAUUGGGACCUGCACGAUCCUGGUAUCAAAUGCACUAAUGGCAACUGUUCCACUCCAUCAAAGCUAUUGGGCCCAAGUUUUCCCAUCUGUUGUGCUCUUUGCUUUCUGUCCUGACUUAGUAUAUACCGCCGGGCAAAUCAUUGCUAGUAACUCUGUUCGUCGGCAUCAGCAAGGUAUUGCGGGCUCUAUCAUUGGCACGUUAAACCUCUAUGGGAAUAGUCUCGGUUUGGGAUUUGCCUCCACUAUUGAAGGUCAAAUUAGCAAGAGUUCGGGAAGCCAGAUCUUGGGUUACAGAUCCGCACUCUUUUUUGGUGUUGCAAUUAGUGUUCUGGCUCUCAUACUUGAUGUCGCGUUUGUUAGACUGGUAAAGGAUGAUCGUGAGGGAUGGGCUGAAGAGGAUCGCAUACAGAUAGAUGAGAGGGAACUUGCCAACCUUGCUGAGACCACUGGUGCUAACCGUCUUGCAGCAGUCGAAAGAUUGUGA